CGAUAAACAGUUCCAAUUGUGUUUCUAAAUUUUCUAGCGCGGACGCCAUGUUUAAUCAUUCAUGAUGCGUAACUAGGUACUAACUUACACGACACUGCACAUCUUCCUUAUGAUGCUUUUAUACAUAUAGUAUGGUAAGUACCUUAUACAGAAGUAGGUACCUAUAAUUUUGUUCACAGACAGUGUAAUCAUAACCAAUCCUGUGGAAAGAAUGAUGAAUUUAUAAAUAUAUAAAACUUAUGAGAGUGUAAUUCUGAGCAAUUUAUACAGAAUUACAAUUAGUAUUUCUGUUACGACACAGUAACGGAUAUACUUAAAUAAUAAUAUUCGAUAUUAUACUGUACAAAGUCUUAAUUUUAUUAAUAAUAUGACUUUGAAUCGCGUAGUUGUAGGUGGUGGUAGAGGUUUCAUCGGAUCACAUAUAAUGAAGGCACUAACUCUUGAAGGUAUUUCAUGUACAUGUAUUUCUCGAAUGCCUGGACUUAAUCGAAUGUCAUGGCAUGAUGUAGAAUAUUAUGGUUUACCUGAAGAUACAUCGGCUGUGAUUAAUGUUGCCGGUCAAAAUAUACUUGGUUUUCAACGUUGGUCAGAAGGAUUUAAGCAAAAUGUUAUAAACAGCCGGGUGAGAACAACUAAAUCUCUGGUUAAAGCAAUAGUAAACACAAAAGCUAAUGUUUUUGUAACAAUUUCUGGAGUAGCUUAUUAUAAACCUGAUAAUGAUAUUGAGUAUACAGAAGAAAGCAAUUGUGAAAAAUAUGACUUUUUAUCAGAACUUUGUCACAAAUGGGAGACAGCUGCACAAAUACCACCAAAUAGCAACAUUAGACAGAUUACAAUUAGAUCUGGUGUUGUAUUAGGAAAAGAUGGUGGUAUGAUUAAACAGAUAUAUUUGCCAUUUUUUAUGGGUUUGGGUGGUCCAAUUGCUAAUGGAAAUCAAUAUAUGCCAUGGAUACACAUAACAGAUUUAGUCAAUAUGUUUCUAUUUUCACUUAGAGAAGAAAAUGUGCAUGGUAUAUUGAAUGGAGUUGCUCCACAGAUUAUAACAAACAAAGAAUUUACAAAAACAUUUGCAUCGACAAUGUGGAGACCCGCAUUUCUUCCUAUUCCGCGCCCUGUUCUGAACAUCCUGUUAAACCAAGAACGUGCGAAAAUUAUGCUGGAGGGACAAAAAGUUAUGCCAAAACGCGUUAAGAAAUUAGGAUUUGAGUACAAAUAUCCAGAUAUAAAUUCUGCAUGUGCAGAGAUACUUGGUAAAAAGUAACUUAUUUAGAGUUAGAUAAACGCUCAAUUAUACUAAACUGAAGUUUAAUUGUACAUAUUUAUAAAAUACAAUAGUAAUUCCUAAGCAUGUGUACUUACAUACAUAAAUAUAUGUUGAUUCAAUAAUUAAAAAAAUAUUAGAUCCUAUGUUGUAUAAAAUCAAUCAUAGUUUGUAUAUGACAAUGUAGGUAAAGGAAGUCCAUACCUUCUUUCAUAUACCGUUAAAAUUGUGAAAUUAAUAACUGAUUUUCUUUA